AUGAAGCUUAAAUUAGUCAAAAAUCUUAUUGAUAAUUGGCAACCUUCAACACUCGAAAUAACCGACUACAAUAUUUCAUCAAUUGAAGAGAAUGCAUUUCAGGAUUUGAAAAAUUUAGUAUUAGAUGUUGGACCAAUUUCUCUUCAAGAAAAUUUAUUUGAUCCAUUAAUAUCACUCAAUUAUCUUCGUAUUGAAAUUAAAUAUAAUCCACAAUCACCUUUACGAUAUAUUAAUAAUGUAUUGAAAACUGUUCCAAGUAUAAGAGUAUUGGAAAUUUUAAAUAGUGAUUCAAUUAAUAUUUGUGAUAAUCCAAUAUCCAAUGAGAAUUCACUGCCACUUACUGGGCUAUAUUAUACAGGUGGUUCAAUAAUUACAUUACCAACAAAUUCAUUAAUUUGUUUAUGGAAUUUGGAAAAAUUGUCAAUAUCAAAAACACAAUUGACGACAAUUGAAGCUGGUGUAUUUGAUUCAAUGACCGUUCUCAAAUAUAUAUACUUGGCAUUCAACAAAUUAACUCAUAUUUCUACUGCUUCAAAUGUAUUUAAUGUCCGAAACUUGGAAAUUAUUGACUUGAGUAAUAAUUCAAUAAAUAAAAUUGAUAAAGAAGCAUUUGAAAUUGUGAGUAACAAAUUAACAUUACUCAACUUGAGCUACAACUCGCUGGACAUUAUUGAAGAAGGAAUUUUUAAAAAUAUAAAAUGUAAAGUUAUUGAUUUUAGACAGAAUCGUAUUGUUGAUAUUGCUGAUAAUGCAUUCAAUACGUCACAUGUUGAUACAUUAAAUCUACUUGACAAUUAUUUCUCGACUUUUAAUCGUUCAAAGUGGGGUCUCAAUGAUAAUACCAUUGUUUAUAUGGAAUAUAUGCAGUCUGAUAUUGCAUUCAGUCCAUCCAAUAAAUCAAUAAGUCUAAUCGAUCCAAAUGAUGACAACAUCAAGCAUGGAACUGAAAUUAGUAAAAAAUCUUAUUGA